CCCUUACGCUCUGAAUGUGGGAGAAGCAGAAUCGCCGAACCCUAAAUCAAAUCCAAUCUUUCAAAAGCGUAGUUAGAAGCCUAGAAAAUGGCGAAAUCGCUACGUUCGAAGAGAGAGAAGAGACUGAGAGCAAUUCGUAGAGAGAUUGUUGAACCAUUAUACGAAAAGAAGGAUGCUGCCAAAUUUGCUGCUCAAGAAGCUGCUAUGGCUGCCCCUAAGCUUCCCGUCAGAAUCACCAAUAAAACUUCCAUGGAUGUCGCACCCUCAUCCUCCAAUAUGGAUGUUGAAAUGGCUGAUCAAAAUCAAGUAAUGGGGCACCUAAAGCCUGCCGGUGGAGUUGGGAAGAAGUUGAAAAAGAAAUUGAAGCUGGGAAAAGGGAAAAAGCAUGGGAAGGGCAAGAUCAGAAGGAAGCACAUUUGAGUAUUGUGUUAAAUACAAGUCUUAGAUGGAUUACUUAUUGCACGGUGGAAAUCAAAGCCUUUUACGAAACGAAGCUUUUACGAAACGAACUAGUUACGUUGUUUUUGUUCUCAGUAAUCUCUUGUCUGUUAUUAACUGGAGAUCAAUUAGUUACCUCAAGUAGGAUGAUUAAGUUUGAAGAGUUAGAUGGCAAUGUACUACUUGUUUUCUGCUUAUAUAGUGAUUAUGUAAUUGCAAAUUUCAGAA